UCGCCAUUGACAACUUGCAAGAGCAAAACCCUACCAUCUCCUUCUAUUUUCCGACUCACCGAGUCACGAGCGGUUCAAUUCAACCGAUCAUGAGCCGAUGCACGCGGUUCGAGCUCCUAGAAGACCCUUCCUGUUACACCCCAUCCUCCUCCGUCAAAGAGACCUCCAUUUUCACUGCCAGAACUAAACCUUUCCCCUCAUUCCUCAAGGAAGAUCUAGAUGUUCAGUUCGCCUUCGACCUCUUCAAUCCGUGCCAACUUUCGAGCCAAUUUGUAGCCUUCGAUGCCGUCUCCGAUCUGGUGACUGCUCAUCGAAUGCCGUCGUUUGUCUGCAAGCGAGUUCAGCGAGUCGAGAGGCUGCUUGGAAGUGAGUUUUGCUUAGAGAGCUUGAGCGACCGAGUGGCCGAGCUGGAGUCGCAACUUGAUCGGCUUGUUUGCACCGCGAGCUGUAGUGGCGGUGAUCGGAAGUGCACGUGGAAAUCGGAGACCAAGGGGUCGGAUAAGUUUGGGAGUGACAAGAAUUACAGGUGGGUUACGGAAUUCAAGGAAGAGAAGAAGACAAUGAAUGAAAAGGAGAAAAGGGGUAUUGCGAAGAAUUUCAAAUGGACGGCCGAGAUUAAGGAGAAGGGGGAAGAUACUGGGAGUUCAAGGAAAUAUACGUACGAGGUAAAGAGUGGUGAUGCUGAGAAGAAUGGCAGGAAUAAGAAGGAUAAGAAGAAAAGAAGUGAAUUGCGCAUUGUGGAGAUUGAAGAGCCCAGUGGGAAUAAAAAUGUGAUUCGAAAGCAGAGAUAUGGAGCUGUUCAAAGUAACAGGGGCAAGAGGAAAGAAUUAUCUCCUCAAGAUGCUGCAUUAUUGAUCCAACGCAGCUUUAGGGCUUAUUUGAUCCGAAGGUCAAAAGUUCUUCGCGCACUUAGAGGACUGGCUGUUGCAAAAUCUAGGUUGAAGGAAAUCAGGGUUCUAUUUAAUAAUUUUGCCUACCAGCAUCGGAUAGCUCGUGAUGCAGAGGAACGCCAGAAGUUUGCAGAGAAAAUCAUUGUCUUGCUUCUCACUGUUGAUUCCAUUGAGGGAGCCGACUUUUUUGUGCGAUCCACGAAGAGGUCGAUGGUAGAUGAGCUGGAAGCGAUGUUGGAUGUGGUGGAUCCGCAGCCAGGUGAGAAGAAGAUCAACCUCCGUUAAAAGAAGGACCUUUGAUUUGCCUGAUGAUGUUAUCCAAAAGGAGAUUGC